UCAUCACAGUUAUCCAUUUCAUUUCCUCUCCAAAUUCCUGUUUCCUCACACAAACAAAAUGGGUAUUAAGGGUUUAACAAAGCUUUUGGCUGACAAUGCCCCAAAAUCCAUGAAGGAGAACAAAUUUGAGAGCUACUUUGGCCGCAAGAUCGCCAUUGAUGCUAGCAUGAGCAUUUACCAGUUCCUUAUUGUCGUGGGAAGAAGUGGAACUGAAACGCUCACUAAUGAAGCUGGUGAAGUUACUAGUCAUUUGCAAGGGAUGUUUACGCGGACAAUCAGACUUUUAGAAGCCGGGAUGAAACCAAUAUAUGUUUUUGAUGGGAAGCCACCAGAUUUGAAGAAACAAGAGCUGGCAAAACGUUUUUCGAAGAGAGUGGAUGCUACUGAUGAUUUGUCAGAAGCAAUAGAGGCUGACAAUAAGGAAGACAUUGAAAAAUUCAGUAAACGGACUGUGAAGGUGACAAAGCAGCAUAAUGAAGACUGCAAAAGACUUUUAAGACUCAUGGGAGUUCCUGUCGUUGAGGCACCCUCAGAAGCAGAGGCUCAGUGUGCUGCUAUUUGCAAAGCUGGAAAGGCGUAUGCUGUGGCUUCUGAAGACAUGGAUUCCUUAACAUUUGGAGCUCCUAAAUUUCUUCGUCAUCUAAUGGAUCCUAGCUCGAAGAAAAUUCCAGUGAUGGAAUUUGAAGUUGCAAAGAUUUUGGAGGAGCUAAAUCUGACCAUGGACCAAUUUAUUGACUUAUGCAUUCUUUCUGGGUGUGAUUAUUGUGAAAGCAUUCGAGGGAUUGGGGGACAGACAGCUUUGAAGCUCAUACGCCAACAUGGCUCUAUUGAAAAUAUACUGGAGAACAUAAACAAAGAGAGGUACCAGAUACCAGAUGACUGGCCUUAUCAGGAGGCUCGGCAGCUUUUUAAAGAUCCGGCAGUCUUAACUAAAGAAGAGGAACUUAAUCUUAAAUGGUCUGCACCAGAUGAAGAAGGGCUAAUAACGUUUUUAGUAAAUGAGAAUGGGUUCAACAGUGAUAGGGUGACAAAGGCAAUAGAAAAAAUUAAAGCGGCAAAGAACAAGUCAUCACAAGGCCGAUUGGAAUCUUUUUUUAAGCCAACAGUGAAUCCAUCUGUACCUAUCAAACGGAAGGAAGCACCAGAGCAUAAUGCUAAGGAGACUCACAAAAAGACUAAGGCCAGUGGUGGCAAGAAGAAGAAAUAGUUGGCUUUGAGUCUUAAAUAGGCGAGUCAUAUAUAUGUUGAUCAGUUAGCAUGAAGGAGGAUCCAUUUGCAAUGCGCAGUCUUCCAAAUUGUAAAAUAUUUAUGUGACGUAGGUUUGAGGAAUUUGACUAAUGUAAGCCAGAGAGUUCUGCUUCUCACUUGCAAUUACAAUUUGAGAUGCGGUACUACAUCUGGUAGUGAUAUUUUUUUUUUAAUACAUUGAGAAUCGAACACAUCACCUAUUACCCACUAUCCACCCCCUCACCGCUGGGCUAGCCCUAGUGGCUAGGUAGAGAUACUUUAAAUCCUUCAUUUUUGGGUUGAUUUGGCUUGCGUCUUCCUUUCUUACUGCUUUGCGUGACUAUUUCACUAUCUUGUAUUUCUU